AUGUCCGGUUCAACGUCACUCGGGGCUCCUCAUGCCUCUCCGGUGGAAAUCGGAAUAAUGAUGGAGAAAAUUCGCUCCUGUCACGAGGAAAUUGAAAGACUGGAGCAAUCGGUUAUGGAAGCUCUACAGACAGAAGAUAUGUCUCCGGUGGAGCCGUUGUUGCAAGGCCACCGUCUCCGAAACAUGGCUAAGCUUAUCAUGCUGAAGUCUGAGAAACUUGUUGAGACCUAUGAAAAGUUUGAAGGUGAUAUAGCACCGCUUCGUGACCAGAGUCGCUCAAGGACAGAUUUGUCUAGCGCCUUUUCUUCUCGUUUGCAAGAGAUUCUUGAGUAUCAUGGAACGCAUACUUGUGCACCCAUGGUUGUAGACCAUGAAGCACUCUCCAAGGAGGAAUCAUUAGUUGAGUUCACCAGAGAGGAUUGCUUUGGUCCGUACUUGGACUUAUCUUCUGAUCCAGAAAGUGGUGACGUUUGCAACAAGAAACGCUCAGUGGGUUGGGAUGGGAAGCCUAUACCAUACUGGCUGGACAAACUUGGCCUUGGCCAGGAGUACAGAUGCGAGAUAUGUAAAAGUAGCUAUGCGGGGAAAAAGUCUUUUGAAAGGCAUUUUAAAGAAUGGCACCACCAUCGCGAAUUGCUUGUGACUCAAGGCAAAUCGAUUGAGGAAGCAAUACUUGGGAUGCCACCACAGAGGCUCCCCUGGCCACUCGGGGCUGAUGGGAAAUUCAGACGACCACUUGAUGUUUCGCAAGUAACGGAUCAGGGAACCCUAGGAAACGGUUCAAAUCAAGCUCCGGCGAUUCCACCUCAAGUGAGAGAUGUGCUAGCAGCUUACCUAGCUGAAGGGGAGAGAAUGGUAGCUAAACACUUGGCUGGUGCCACUGAUCACUCAGGCGGUGGUUCGCUAAGGCUCAUUCCGGAUGGGGACAGGGCUGCUUCGCUGCUUUUCGAACCUCACAAGUGUACAUGCAGAGUCCCUGAAGGGAUCACGUGCAAGGAGCUUGAUGUUAUUAAGCUCGCAGCCCAGUUUCGGGCGCUGAAUGGGGGGCGUCUCUGGGAGGGAUGUAAGGAGAGAAGUGAUACGGAUCCUCAGUUUGAGUUCAUGAAGCUAACUGGUGGUGGAAGCGGAAGCAGGUCCACUACUCUCUUCGUUGAUCUUUCUUUAGCAUAUUUUGAAGUAGUGAAUCGUCCUGAGAUCUUGAGAGAAACGCUGAGGGAGAAUGCUGCUGAUAUGGAGACGGUUCUUGAGACUUGUUUCAAUCGUCUUCAGUUGGAUCGAUUCCUGGAGGAGCAUGAGGAUGAGCUAAGGGAGGACAAGGAGAAGGCUCCACUUGAUCCACCACCAAAACCACAACCGUUGGUGGGUUGUGUUACAAUCUGUGUUUAUGCUCCCGACUGCUCGUCCGUGUUUUAUUGUGAAUACUUUGAUUUCGACAUGGCGUCCUUGUCCGAAACCGUGGCAAGUUUGAAGGAGAAAAUAGCCCAGAAGGUGAAAAUUCCAGCAAGCCAACAUAUUUUACGUGGAAAGACCGGGAUUUUAGAGGACGACAACAAGUCACUUGCACACUACAAUGUGGGAGCAUUAGACAUCCUAGACUUAUCCUUCACUUUGUGUCAUUGUGUGUCUCUCCUUUUACUGUUAUGUUUGAUAAUCUUUAAAACAAUUUCUUUUUUUGGGUUUUAA